AUGACGAUGAUGCGAUGGCGCGACAAUGCUACUCCUCCUACAGGAAGCGAUGAUGAUAACAUUCUUAACCCAGGGCAGCACGUUUAUCCUUUCUGGUUCAGUCUACCUCUUCAUCUACCCUCUGCCUUCGAGGGAACACAUGGUUAUAUCCGAUACACGGUCAAAGGAACCAUAGGAAGACCUGGGAAGUUUGACUAUCACACCGUCAGAUCCUUCACAGUUCUUGAAAUUAUGGAUUUGAAUAAGGAAGCAUUGGCGUUAAAUGCCGGCGAAAUCCAGGAUUCCAAAUAUCUCUGUUGCCUAUGUUGUAAAUCAGGCCCUAUUGCGGGAACAAUGAAACUUAAUCGCAUGGGAUAUGUUCCAGGAGAAUCCAUUUAUUUUGAAGCUAGUGCUCAGAAUAGCACUACCCGUGUGUGCAGCAUGUAUGCUGAACUAGAAAUGGUCAUAAGUUACCAUGCAAGGAAAGAUAAAUCACGAGAAGAAAGAAAAUCCAUCAAACGUAUUCAACACGACGACAUACCGCCGGGUCAUUCAGAUGUUUGGAGUGGAGAAAAAUUUGUGAUCCCUCCUUUGGCACCAUCGUAUCUAAAGACAUGCAAUCUGAUCGACGUCAAAUACUUUGCGAAGCUUGUUAUUAGUCCCUCUGGACCAGCGUUAGAAUUGAAUCUCCCAGUAGAAAUCAUCAUAGGCACAAUUCCACUGCAGUCAGCGGUCGAGCCUUCCACUCCGUCAGUGAUACCUACUUCAACCUUCAGCGAGUCAGUCUGGGGCCCAACCAAUAUAGAAAGCGAAGAAGAUGGAGAGCACACGGAGGGAGAAAGGAAUUUUACUCCAAAAUACUCGUAUUACACAUGGCAAUAGGUCCCUUUUACAUGUAAUAUAUAGAUUUAUUACAUAGAAAUAAAAACAGGAUUUUUGCAUAUGCAAUAUGCUUAAGGUCACAAUAGACAUAUUAGCUUCUAGGG